GCCGACGCGGUUGUCGUCCUCCUGUAAGUCGAGAUACUAUACUAACAACGGCCCUCUACCUAUCGUAUUGAAGCAUAGCAAUGUCGCCCAGCAUCAGUGCUACCCUCAAGCAAGACCAUAUUCAGAUACAGGCAAUCUACCAGCGCAUCGUCGCGUCAGACGUCCGCGAUGAGCAGAUCCGCUGGCAGAACCUGUUUGUCUGGGAGGUCGCGCGCAACACCGUCGGUGAGGAAUUAGUUUUAUACCCAGCACUCGAGAAGCACGUUCAGGGCGGUGAUCGUCUUGCCAAGAAGGGAAGGCAGGAAAAUCAGCAGACUAAGAAGCGCCUCAAGGCGUUCCAACAGCUCGACCCGUCAAAUAGAGACUUCAAGCCGAUGCUCAUGACCCUGAUGGACGAUCUGGGAAGGCACAUGCAUACCCAGGAAAUGGAGGACCUGGCGAUCCUUGAGGAAACGCUCUCCCCGCACGAGAGUCGGAGCAUGGCCAAGUGGUUUUCCAGGACGAAGAUCUUUGUCCCGUCAAGAGCUCACCCUCAUAUGCCGAGUAAACCGCCAUUCGAGACGGCCGUGGGACUGGGCGUUGCGCCGUUUGACCAAAUGAUGGACUUGUUCAGGAAGUGGCCGAAUAAGGACCUGGUUGGGCCAGAGUGAUGGACUGUAUAUUUCUACCUGAUGUGUUGAUAUGUUGACCGACUAGUAGAUGGCAAAUUGUAAUGUUGAAGGACCACAGUUACUUUAUCAAACACUUCGUAUAUCGGUUAUUAUACCUUUACAUCCCAAUCCACCAUUCCCCUCUCCCCAACCUUGUCUCUAAUCAUCUUAUGACUCAAAUCCCAUAGCGCUGAAGCC